UGUCCACCCGUUCAAUAAUAAUGCUGCACCAUUAUCUACGGUGAACUGUAAGUUGGUUGGCCUUUUGACCCCUGAGGCAUCAGUUUUGAUUUUAUUGUCAGGUUUUAGAUCUACAUGCUUGUUUGCUAUGGAAUGACAAUUAAAUUAUCAUUCCAUAGCAAAUCUCUCUUGCUUUACUAUACUCUAGUCUUUAUUCAUUCAACAUGUUCCUGUCACAUUUCUUGUUUGUAGAUCUACUUAUUGGGCUUACUAUCAUAUCUGCACCAGUACAAGGAAGUUUAGUGUGGGUGUAUACUCCUGCCUCAAAAGUAUUAUUGCAGCCAUAUCCAGGAGAGUCUUUCACCAUUUAUUGCUUCACUGAUAAUUCUAGUCAUGAUUCACUUUCCUUCAAGCUGAACAGUCAGACACUCUCUACUAAUGAUAAUAUUACAAUUGAGACAGUACCUUUACCUUCUCAUGCUGGCAAACAGCUUCAAUUGACUAUAAAUGCAUUUGGUAUGGCCACUGCUGGUAUUUUAACAUGUCAAGCACAUUCUGAUGGCAGUGUAAUCCAAGAAAUAAAUGAAAGCAUUACUGGACAAAAUUAUUCUCUUUCCAUUGCUGGUUUUCUUAUUGAAGGACAUACUGAAUCAUUGCACUGUCGGUUUUACAGUCCUGGUAGGAAUGCUAGUGGCUACACUUGGAGAGGGAGAAGUAACAAUAGCCAAGAAUUUGUUUUAUUGGCUGGUAAUUCAAGUGUGCUAAAUGUUAAUUUCUCCUUAAUAUUUGAUGAAUAUUCUUGUGAAGUCUCCGUUACACCAACCAAUUUUAAACUUACCACCAACAGAACAGUCACUGCAUAUUUUAUUCCAAAAUUGACUGCUAAUAGUACAAUAGCUAGUACUGUAUUGAUUGGUGAAAGCAUUACACUCCAUUGUUCUAUCACUGGAACUGACCUAAAGUAUACUUGGUCAAGACAAGAUGGUGUUCCUCUCUCUUCUCUUAAAGCUCUCACCUUGCAUAAUGUGUGCUAUACUAGCACAGGAUUGUAUCGAUGUACUGCUAGUAGUUUGGCUGGGAAUGAGUCACAAAUACAUUAUCUAACUGUGCAAGGUAUUCCUUCAUCUCCAGUGAUUACUGAUGCUGUAACAUCUCCUGGUUCACUAGUAUUAAGAGUACGAACAAUGUAUCCUGGUGAUACUAAUAUUAGGUUUAUUGUUAAUGUUACUAAUGUAUCUGAUGGAUCUAUUAUAAGUUCUACUACACAUCAUUUCGAUAAUUAUCAGUCUAAUGAUAUCGUUAAUAUUGAUAUUAGUAUACCUAAUGGUGGGUCAGUAUCAGUCAGUAUAGUAACCAUCAAUCAAUAUGGUGCUUCAGAUAAUAUUAUUCAAGUUUUUACUAUUGAUCCAAUAUUCAGUACUACUGUAUCCAUCAUUACUACAUCAGUUACUGCUAGCCUCUCUGCUAGUAUAUCAACUACUACUGGUUCUAUUAUUACUAAUACUCCUACCAGUACACCUCAAACUGUUGAUCGAUCAGGAUUAUCAAGUGGUGCCAUUGCUGGUAUAACAAUCAGCAUAUUUAUAAUACUGAUAGUAUUUAUAAUACUCUUUGCUUUACAGCAUCUCUGCUUGAGAAAAAAAUAUAAAAAAUCUGCUAGUGAUAAAGAAGUGACAGCUUUAGGUAAUACAUUAUCAAUUCCUUCAGCAUCUAAUGAAGUGUAUGCAGCAAUUGUUAAUGUACAAGAGAACGUGGCAUAUUCUCAGAGACACACCAUUACUGCAGCUAAUCCUCCUACAGGCUCAUCCACUACUCCAGCUGUAUAUGAAACUAUUAUUUUUUAGAUAUCACUUUCAAAACUUAACUGCUUUAAGCAUAAUGUUUUGUUUUGUCAAUUUCUAUUCUGUCAACAAUGUUCAUUAUUCCAAAAAAAUUACCUAUUAUUCCCAACUUAUAGCUAAAUUAUUCUUAAAA